AUGGGCGCCAGGAAGCUCUUUUCUGGUGGCAAAAUCGCACGUAAAUUUAAGGGAUGCGAAAAUCCAUUUGGCAAAAUUAAAUCCAAAGAGGUCAAAAGUGGAAUGUUGGAUUACUAUCGUCAGAGUCGACGCGCCCACGCCAUUAUUGAUGAGAGGAGGCAUAAUUUCAACAGGAAUAAGAAUAAAUUUUCAUUAGAAGAUCAAGAAUGUUUGGAAAAUGAUUGUUCUUUGGGGGACUUUGAUGAGCCUCCGCCAUCAGUUCCCCUCAAAUCGAAGGUUUCAAAUGUAAUUUUUCAAUCCAGGCUGAAUAAAAUUGAGAUGAAAGUAGCUCGGGAUGAGAGGUUUAGUAAAUUGGCUGAGAUUGACGAGAUGUUUGAUAAUGUAAGGAAUGAAUUAUCCUUUAAAAAAAUCCAUAAUGAAGAGGAAGCUGAUGAAUUUGAUGAUAUCAAAAGUAAGUUUUCAGCGGGAAUUGAUGUAAAAAUUACAAAAAUACAACAGAAAAAUCGCACUCUCUAUAACAAACUGGUCAGUUUAAUCGGCAAUCACACUAUUGCUCAAAUAUUAUCUGUCAUAAAAAGGGAAAUUAGUGAUAUUAACAAUAGUGAACUUCCAGAAUUGCUAGAUUUUUCUGUCGAAUUAGUUAGCAUGAAUCUAAAAAAACGGAACGAUUGGUGGGAUUUCACUCAUUCAAUCUCUAAAAUGUUAAGUGCUAAAGAGUAUAAAAAUAAAGUUUACCAAUACUUCUUGAAUUCUGUCAAGAUAAUGUACAAACGAUUAGUAGAUGAAUCAAACAAACUUCCAGGCAAUGAUAAUCUGCAAUAUUAUCAAGAGGAAGUGAAUGAUUGGACAAUAGACAUUAAUUGCUCUAACGUAUUCACUCAACUAUUUAAUGGAAAUAAUGAUAUUGAAUUGGCUACGCUAAUUUUUGCUGUCAAAUUAUUUCCCCUAAGCCCUAAUAAUUCUGAGUGUAAACUGGGAUAUAUCGCAUUGCUAUUACUAGAGAACUUUGCGCGCGCGGUAAUAACACAAUACAACAAUUUAACACAUUUACAUUACGAAUAUUUUACAGUGAUAUAUACUGUUGCACUGCAAAAUAAAAUGUUUAUACCAGUGUUGUUUGUGUUGGCUAAGGAAAUAAUCGAGCAUAAUACAAACUUGGAAAUUGAAUUUGUUGAAGAAGUAAUCGUCAGCACUGCAAUUAUAAUUAAGCACUUGGCAAAUUCAUCAAAAGGCACUUAUAUACUAUCCCAUUUAUGGUACACCAAAGAUAUGGAGUGUCAAAUUAAAAGAUUUAAACAGGGGCACUUAUUGGUUAAUGUAAUGAAUGAGUUGAGGGAGAAUGGCCUCGAACCACUAUCUUUGUUAAACUCCCAGCCCAAGAGUGCGAUAUUGGAAGCACCAAAGUUAGUGCUUAUGGACAAUAAAAAGAAGAAACAGAAAGAUGGAUUGAAGAAGGCCGUUAGAAGGGAGAAGAAACGCGUCUCUAAAGUGAUUUCCCAGGAAUCCCAAGUGCUUCGAGAUCAGCAAAUUUCCAGUAGCUUGGAACAUAAGCAGCGUGUUGAAAGUAGAUACAAAGAAAUACUUUCCGCUGCCAUGAUUGAGCAGGAAGAGUUUAAGAAGGAAGCAACUAGAGGGGGGGACAUGGAUACCAGUCUCAUGAAGCAUAGGAAAAGGAGGAAAAGUAGAUUAGCUGGAAAUGCCACUGUAUAA